CCCCACAACUGCCAUCUACCAUCACCAUCACUGCAUCCCUUUGAUCGCAUCACCGUCUUCCGUCCUCGUCCGUGUGUGCGUGUGUAUAGAUCAUGUCAGGCCAAGCCAUCAACAGCAUUGCCACCAUCAUUAAGAGGCUGGAAGCAGCGACUAGUCGUCUAGAAGAUGUAGCUGCCGCUCAGCUUUCCGGAUCUUCCCAAGGUGGAUCCUCAGCAACCGCUGGCUUAGCACCUGGAACAGGAGCGGCCGGAACAACCGGUACGCGCACACGCAGCGGUACCACCACGAGCAUCGACAGUGCUGUUGCUGGGGGUCUCGUCGCUUCGCCCUCUACCUCGACUGCUGCGAGCGACCCACCGGCCGUGACUGCCUGGGACGACUACCUCGACCACUCCCUUCAGGAGUACACGUCCCUCUCUGAGCAGAUUGGCGGACUGGUCGCACAGCAGGCCACGCACGUCGUAGCUACCUUCAAGGCGCAGCGCGAUCUGAUUAAGCUCGCAGCGCAUUCGGCCAAGCCUGCAGAGGGAACUAGCUCACCGGUGUUUGCAAAGCUGCUCAAGCCAUUGCAGGAGGAGCUGAUUAAGGUGGGGGAGCUGAGGGAGAAGAACAGGGGGGAGAAGGUCCUAUUCAAUCACCUCAGUGCAGUUUCGGAGGGUAUUCCUGCGGUAGGAUGGGUAGCCGUGGAGCCCAAGCCGGGCCCAUUCGUGAGCGAGAUGAAGGACAGUGCUCAAUUCUACACCAACCGAGUCAUCAAAGACUUCAAGGAGAAGGACCGAAGUCACGUAGAGUGGUGUCGGUCCUUCAUCAAGAUCCUCGAGGUGCUCAAGGAGUACAUCAUGAAGCACCACACCACUGGACUGGCUUGGAACCCAAAGGGCGGUGAUGCUGCCAGCUACGUGGACGCUUCGUCCACUUCGUCUGUUCCUCCCCCUCCACCAGCACCACCAGCCGACGUACCCGCCCCUCCGCCCCCGCCCCCGGCCGACUUCGGCUCGGGCUCCGGCGCCGCAACCCCUGCCGCUCCAGCAGGUGGGAUGAACGCCCUCUUCUCGCAGCUGAACAAGGGCGAAGGUGUCACUAGUGGUCUCAAAAAGGUUGAUGCGAGCCAAAUGACCCACAAGAAUCCUGCGCUUAGAGGCACAGGAGAAGUGCCCAGUGCAGGCGCGGGUGCGAAGCCUUCGCCUCCAGCCGCUGGAAGUAAGCCUGCUGCCUUGCGGCCGAAGAAGGCGGCCAAGACUGCGCUGGAAGGCAAUAAGUGGAAUGUGGAGAACCACGAGGAUAACAGGAGCAUCGUCAUUGACGCUACCGAGCUGAACCACACCGUCAACAUCUUCAACUGCAAGAACUGUGUCAUUCAGGUCAAGGGCAAGAUCAAUGCCGUGUCGAUGGUGUCCUGCCAAAAGACGUCCCUCCUACUGGAUACCCUCGUCUCCUCUCUCGAGCUCACAUCCUCCCCCUCUUUCACCAUCCAGAUCCUGGGUCUUACUCCCAUGAUCAUCCUCGACUCGUGCGACUCGGGUCAAAUCUACCUCUCUCAGCAGGGUGUGGAGCGCUCCGAGCUCGUAGUGAGCAAGUGCAGCGCAAUCAAUGUCAGCGUGCCCAAGGUAGGAGGAGAAGAGGGAGAAUUCACAGAAGUGGCACUGCCCGAGCAGAUCAAAUUCAACUUUGGCACUGGUGGUGUAGGGUUGAAGAGCGAGGUCGUGGCUCACACUGGGUAGAAGGGAGGAGGUUGAGAUGUAGCCGCAGGGAGCAAAGUUGUCAGUGGCUUGUGGUAGAGGGAGGAGGGUAAGGUCAUACCAUGUCGCGCUUGCCUGUCAUCGACCUCGUUUCGAGCGCCGCGGCGGUCAUUACAAUGUUUGCAACGGGCUAUCAAUACUCGCGACUAAGAAUUUGAAGUACGUCUAAUACUGCCGGAGCUCCCGAAGAAAAUGCUCUAAUCCAUCCUCAUUCGACACUUGCGCCUGGUAGGAGUCACGAUCAACUGCUUCUGUGGUCGGUCACAUAGAGGAGGUCACUGCUGCUGUACAGCAUCGUCUUGAACUUUCCGGCAAUC